UACUAGCUCUUGUGGAGGCGUGAAGUCUUCCGAUAGACCGUGUUAUAAGAACUUUUGCCCGGCUGGGUCAGAAACAUUUGCGUAACAUUUGAGUGCUGCGACUCCGACUGCGCAUACGGACUAGAACAACAUCCUCCCUAACAAACGAGUUCUACUCCUUGAACAAAAACAAGAAAACACCCAGGAGGAAUAUCAUAAAUCUUUGUUUUAAAAUCAACCCAGGAAUAUUUUGCAGAACAGUAUUUGCAAUCUGCUCCACCCUGUAAGGAUGAUGACCCAAGAGAACAUGGACUAUGAUAAUGACACUUAUGAAUACAUGGAAUAUGGGUAUUUGGAGGAUUCAAAAGCUGAAGGUUAUACUCAGAGAGAAGCUCUUCACAUUGUAUCAGUGAUCAUUUACAGUCUGGCAUUUACUCUGGGUGUAAUUGGGAAUGGAAUGGUUAUCUGGUUGACAGCAUUCAAAAGCAAAAGAACUGUGAACAGCAUUUGGCUACAGAAUCUGGCCAUUGCCGACUUUGUGUUUGUGCUUUUCUUGCCAUUCUCCAUCGACUAUGUGCUCCGAGAUUUUCAUUGGCUCUUCGGCAAGCCAUUGUGCAAGCUAAACUCCUUUGUCUGCACCAUGAACAUGUAUGCCAGCGUGCUCUUUCUGACUGUCUUGAGUCUGGAUCGCUAUGUCUCACUGGUCCACCUGAACUGGUCGGAAAAGUACCGCACCAUAUGGCGGGCCUGGUGGCUGUGUGCAGUGAUUUGGAUCACUUCCUGCUGUUUAAGCUGUCCGACCCUGAUAUUCCGAGAUACAAUUCAACAUAAUGGGAAGAUUGUGUGUUUUAAUAACUUCCAUGACGAGAGCAGCCGCAUUGUGGCAAUAAGACACAUUGCCAUGGUAUCACUGCGCACCGCCGUGGGCUUCCUCCUUCCAUUCUGCACCAUCACUGUUAGCGGCAUAUUAUUAUCUUUGAAGAUGCGGCAGUCAAACUCUGUACGUCUGUCCAGCUUCUCCAGAAUGGUUUCUGCAGUAAUCCUUGCCUUCUUCUUGUGCUGGGUGCCAUUUCACACAUUUAGCCUAAUGGAAUUGACUAUGCAUCAUACCACCUACCUGCACUCAGUGCUCAUUGUGGGGUUUCCCCUUGCCACUAGCCUCGCCUUCUUCAAUAGCUGUGUGAACCCAAUCCUAUAUGUACUGCUAACCAAGAAAGUACGGAAACUUGUGAAGAGGUCGUGUUUGAACUUUACCAAGAGCUCACUAAGAGAGCUGAGUCGGUCCAUAUCUGCAACUGAAUUAGACUCAGCACUGCCCAGCUGCUCUCCAGAAGAUCCCACUGCUAACUCAUCUGUCUGAUAAGAUCAGUAGUUUGCAAAACUACACUGCAUGGUUAGAAAUAUGUUGACACCCCCUUCUAAUUUCAGGCCCCUUCAUUUCAAUAAAGGCAAAUCUUUAUACUAGCCAUACAAUGAUAUUCUAGAGCAGUGUUUCCAAUUCAUGGUCCUGGAGUAUCCCCAACAAUAAACUUUAUGACCCUGUUCACACCUGGUAUUAAAAUGCAUUUUGGGCAAUCUGAUUACAUAUGGUCAGGUGUGACAUCGCUGUUUAUACCAGGACCACUUGUGAUCGAAUUUUAAGAGGAGGGCCUCUGAUAUCAAGGUGACAUGAAACUAUGUCAUUGUGUUGCUGCAUUAUAAUAAACCGUGAAAAAGUCAGAAAAGACAAGGAAAGCACAAACAAAACCAGCUCACCGUUUCUCCCAGAUGAAGAUGAAAUGUAAUCUAAGUACAAUGCACUAUAUUGAACAGAAUUGACCAUAGUUUUAGUGUUAUUUGAGCUUCAGCUGAGCAGUCGCUGUAUUAAAGACAUUAUCGUGCAUUUUUAUUUUAGACAUUAAAUCAUAGUUUUAUUUUGAAUGUUAAUUUACAUAAAAAAAGAAAUAAAUAUACAAAGGAGAGUAUUUUUAAUCUGCUUCUAAAAACAUAAAUAUUUAAAAGACUGUUUCCAUUUCAUGCAUAUUAUGGAGGACAGAUGAGACAGCCCUAAAAAUGCCCAACUCCAUACUCAGUGCCCUUACUACUGAACUUGGGAGCUGAUUGACCACCCUAUGGAAAGGAUCCAUUUAGGUCUAAUGCUGCAUUCCAUUCAAAUCAGAUGUGGGAUAUUCCUACUUGAUAUCUCCGAUCAUCGACCAUAAAAGCAUUCCAUUGCCCAAUGUUUGGAAGAUGACCUAUAAGGAAACAAAAUUACAAUGGUCCAGUUAGCUUAGCAGGGAUGUCUCCUAGCAACCCAAUUGACAAACAAUUCUGCAACAUUACUGUACGACCAUCAAAAGAGAGUAUUAUUUAACAUGUUUUGAACGCAUGUCUCUACAAACGUUUGUUAAACAAGCUUUAAUAUCAUGUUAUGAAUCAGAGGGGUUACCAGGAUAUCAUGUUUGGGGGGGCAUUUGGCUUGUUUGGGGGGGCAACAUAAACUAUUGAAAAAAUCGGUGCAAAAUUAAGCUAUACUACACACAAUCUGUUUUAGUGCAUAUCUUUUUCUAAGCCAGGAACCCAGAGAUAGGCACAUGGCCCCUAUUAGACUAUAGGGCUUAAACUGGAUUUUUGUUGUGCCAGACCUCACUCAUCUGCUAGCGAUGGAAAAAUAUGCACAAAACAAUCCACUUUUAAAUUGUAAUUUAUCAUCAGAUGCAGAGGCGUUUCCAGCAUUGAAGGACAUCCGGGGCUUAGCCCAGACAAUUUUAUUUUCACACUAGCAACCACUUCCCUGUAGUCCAAAGCUGGUGAGAGGGUAUUCUUUGAGUUUUGCUCUGGCUGGGCCUGUUUCUACAGUUCCUAAAUCUUCCACUGUAGUACUAUCCUCAACAUCCUCUCUCCUCCCUGAAUCAUCUGUGAUGCAAAAGAACAGAUACAGCACAUAACUUAUUGCAAAUCAGCUUCAAACAACUAAUUCAUCAAGUGCUACAUAUGUCAAAUUGUGGACCAAUACCAUUGAAGAAAAUGUAUUGGGAAGAGCAGAUCAGUGGGAUUGCCCUAAUAUCUAUCAUGAUUCUUGAAUUUUCAUGUACAUUAACAGAAAGUCAUCACAAAAGAGUUAUAUUAUAGUGAGUAAAGUGAGGUAAAAAAAAAAAAUAUUGAAUAUAAAUAAUUAAUAUUUUUUGACAUAAAUAGUCAAAAUGAUGUAUAAGAUCCUAAGUUAAAGCAAUACAUGAAUGACUUUAGUCUAAGUUCAAUGACACACUAUGGCAUCAAACUGUAUAUAAUUCUCAUCAUCUCUGUGAUAAUAAUUCAUCUGUCAAAAUCCUUUCAUUAGGAUCAUUGAGAUAAACAAUGUUUCACUUUUAACUUUCUCUAAAGUAAAGUGACUUAUUCAUUGUUACCAGUUUCCAUGCCUGAUUCUGGCACAGCUGCUGCUGCUGCUCCUCAGUAGUGGUGGGAAGUUCGGAUCAUUUUACUGACUCGGAUCUUUGAGUCUCGUUCAGCAAAAUGAACGAAUCUUUUUUCGAGUCAUUUCGUUCAUUUCAGCAGAAUAUAAUUAAAUGUCAUGUUAAAUAGCCCAAAACAUCAAGUAGUCUACUUACGAAAAUGUUGAUUCAAUUUGAAAUAAAUAAAUAAAAAUAAACUAUAGGGUAAUGCAGCCAAAGCCAAUUUAUAAGAAACCGAAAUGUUAAUUUAUUAAUUGGGUCUUAAGUUUAAGCUAUUGCAGUUAGUUCACCUCACCUCCUUUUUCUCCGCCUCUUGUGUCAUCGGGUUCGAACUUCAAAACGUUAAAAAUACUUAGUUGUCGAUGUCGACUCGUCAGUGUCUGUGUGUGGGCCGUGUGGUGUGACACAGCAGCCAAUGCACUCACUGACUGCAUGCACAUGCAGCAUACCGUCCGGAUCCGGAAAGAUAAAUGAUUAGUUCAAGUCUCGACUCUCGAGUCUUCGGGUUUGGGUUCGGCCGGGUCCGAGUCUUUCGUUCUUCCUGUCAGUCCCAUAGAGACUAUGCUGUCAGUACCGGAAAGAGAAAUGAUUAGUUCGUCUCUUCGGUUCGAGUCGUUCGUUCUUCAAGUCAGACUCACAAACCCAUAGCACAGCACUAAUGGACAGGGACAAUAAUAAGAUGGACCUUUUUUAUUUUUCAGAUGAUGUUUAUUGUACAUAUAUUUUGAUAAUUGUAUGUUAAUUCCCAACAUAUAAAACAAUGUACAUUCAGACGCAGUCAAUAAUACGAAUCUAAUGUUUUAUUUGAUGCGAGAUACCAGCUGUCACGUGACAAAAGAACGAAGGACUCAGACGCGAAAGAUGAACUAAUCAUUUCUGUCUCUGCAUAGUGCUAUGGGUUUGUGAGUCUGACUUGA